AUGUCGGGCCAGUCGAUCACCGACCGGAUCACGGCGGCGCAGCACAGCGUCACCGGCUCGGCCAUCGCCAAGGCCGUCUGCAAGGCCACCACCCACGAAGUCAUGGGCCCCAAGAAGAAGCACCUCGACUAUUUAAUUCAAUGCACAAAUGAGAUGAAUGUGAAUAUUCCACAGUUAGCAGACACGCUUUUUGAGAGGACGGCAAACAGUAGCUGGGUAGUAGUGUUCAAAGCUCUAAUUACAACACACCACCUCAUGAUGUAUGGAAAUGAGCGCUUUAUUCAAUACUUGGCAUCUCGAAAUACAUUAUUUAAUCUCAACAACUAUCUGGAUAAAAGUGCCAUGCAGGGCUAUGAUAUGUCUACCUUCAUCAGACGAUAUAGCAGAUACUUGAACGAAAAAGCACUUUCUUAUAGACUUGUAGCAGUUGAUUUCACCAAAAUGAAAAGAGGGAUUGAUGGUGUGAUGAGGACAAUGAAUACUGAAAAACUUUUGAAAACCUUGCCAAUUAUUCAGAAUCAGCUGGAUGCACUUCUUGAUUUUGAUGCAAACCCAAAUGAACUAACCAAUGGCGUAAUCAAUGCUGCCUUCAUGCUCCUCUUUAAAGAUUCCAUUAGGCUUUUUGCAGCCUAUAACGAGGGGAUCAUUAACCUGUUAGAAAAAUAUUUUGAUAUGAAGAAGAACCAGUGCAAAGAAGGUCUGGAUAUUUACAAAAAGUUUUUAGCCAGAAUGACCAAACUAUCAGAAUUCCUCAAAGUGGCAGAGCAAGUUGGAAUUGAUCAGGGUGACAUUCCAGAUCUUACUCAGGCUCCCAGCAGUCUGCUUGAAGCCCUGGAGCAGCAUCUGGCUUCUUUGGAAGGAAAGAAGACCAAGGAAGUUUCAGCUGCCAGCAGAGCAAGUACUCUCUCCAGUGCCGUUUCCACCCUGGCCAACACAGGAAUGUCCUUCAGUAAAAUGGAUGAAAGAGAGAAACAGCAGGCCUUGGAGGAGGAGCAAGCGAGACUGCAGGCUCUGAAGGAACAGCGAUUGAGAGAGAUUUCUGUAGUUUCCAAUUCUACUUCCACUUCUGCUUCUCCAAGCACUUUAUCUGGAAAGAGCGUGAACACCAAUCCUGCCGUUGACCUCUUUGCAGCCCCCGCCCCAACUACCAAUAGCAUGCCCAACCUUUCUACCGAUCUCUUCGAUCUUCAACCUGCAUUUGUUCCUACGGUACAAAGUACUCCAGCCAUAGCAACGUCAGCAAGCAGUGCCUGGGGAGGACAUUUCUCAUCGACAAACGGUUGUGUUGGGUCUCCACCCCAUCUGGAUGUCUUUGAUAUGAAGCCAGUUGAAGAAGCUGUAAAAAGUACAACUCCUUUUGUGAGCUCCACCUUUGGCUCCAAACAAACAGUGGAACUAUUUAGUGGCUACCCUCUUCAUUCUGCAUCACAGAAAACAACCUCUUCAACAAUCAAUGUGGACUUCGAUGCUGUCUUUGGUGGAAAAUCAACUGUAAAUGAUUUUGGAACUACAACAGAUGAUGUAUUACAACCAACAGUAUCUGCACAAAAUCAGAGAGGAAAUGUAAUUGGGCCACAAAGUGGAAAGAUUUUGGCCAAUGACCUGGACUCCUCACUUGCUAAUCUAGUAGGAAAUCUUGGAUUUGGAGGGACACCACCCAAAAAAUCUGAUAUGCAGUGGAAUCAGCCUACAGAGAAGAAACUUACUGGGGGUAACAACUGGCAAGCAAAAACAAGCACCUCAACUACGUGGAACACCGUUCCUGUACCUCCUGCUCCACAGAUGGUACCUGCUCCAGUAACCUACCCAGUAAAUACACCUCAAGUGCCUGUGUAUGGAAUGGUACCUACUCAGAUUGGAACUGCCCCUAUUAUGACACCUCAGCCUAUGAUUUAUACCCAGACCGGUCUAAGGCCAAACAAUCCUUUUGCACCUAUCUCUGGAACACAGAUUCAGUUUAUGUAGAUCUGCCAAAACAGCAAGAUUAUUUGACAACCAAAUAUUGGUAGAGAGAAGAUGAAACUUUCAGACUGCAGCCUUUGCCAGAGCUCAUACUUGCUCCGCGUAUACUAUAAAAUUAAUUUUAAUUGCUGUGCUUUAGAGAUUCUUUUUAUAACAGUCCCUAUGGUCUGAAAUCAUGUAUGGGUUUGGAUGGGGUCAAAAUUGUUUUCCACGAGAAGUUUUAAGUAUUUUGAAGCUAAAGGUCAUCCAAGUUCAAAAAGAAUGUCCUACUUCUUGUUGCUUUUAAAGGCAAGCUUACUUAGGAAUCCUUGGAAGGAUUUAUCUUUAAUUUUGAGCCUGUAAUAAGCAAGCGGACAGCCUCAAACGUCUAUUUAUUUUCUCCCCGAAACUAAUCACGGGCACUAUAGAGCAAAGUUGAGCAAUAAACCUUUUAGAUACUCUGAAGGACUACCAGAAACAGUAAGUACUAGGACAGGAGUAAAUCCCGUAUUAUGAGUAAAGCUGGUUAUCUUGGGAAACCAAGCUGUUUUUCCUCAUGUUAGGCUAGCUUCUUCUGAUUCAUGGAUUUUGUACUGUGAGUUUUGAAACGCUGUGAAUCAACUUUAAUUAAAUGGGCCAUUAGCAUUAAUUGAAUUGGCCAUGAAUGGAAAACAAAUUAAUUGGAAUUCAAGCAGAGGGAUAGUUUAGCCCAGCUGUAGGGCUACCCUUGGGCCAGGUCAGGGGUGCUGGAAUAGCAUAUUCCUGAGCAGUGUGUGAGAUUCUGGUGUGAAUGGCCACAGCAGCAAUACUUGAUGCGAGUAGCAUUGUUUUUGACUCUGGUGAGAGUUGACUUCUAUCCUGGCUAAAAACAACAACAGCCAGUAAAUGGUCAGCCAGGUGUUGUAAGUCUGGGAAGUUGCAUUUUUCAUUGUGCUUCAUCACGUUCCGUGGUGCACUUUAAGAACUGGAAAGGUGGAUUUCUGAACGGUCCAUCCAUGGCGUAGCUUAGUUUUUGUCAACAAGGGAGACAAGGAAAAGAUGCCCAUAAACUACGUAAGGUAACAUUUUUUUAGGGGAAAGAAGUGUAAAUAAUGUGUAAACCUUUAAGGACAGAAUUUCUCCAGAAUUGCAGGAUUUUUUUUCUUGUUGUUUAUCUUUGUAACAUUCAAAAUAUGAAUAAUUACCAGUUAAAGAUAAACAGCUCCAAAUUUCUUUGGUAUUGAAAAGCUUAAACUAUUAUUUCUGAAAAUAUGUGAGAAAUUACUGCAGUUUAGGAGAGCAUAUGUAAUGUGAUGAUGCAGCCUGAUGGUCCAUAAUUUUCAACUCUCCUCCAAAACUGGUGAUGAUGAUGAUGAUGAUGAUGAUGAUGAUGAUGAUGAUGAUGAUAACAAUAACAAUAAUGAUAGAUUAAAUAGUAUGGGAUUUGACCCAGCUUAUUCAGGAUGUAUUAACAGAGGGAAUUGCAAGAAAUUAGGAUUUAAAAUCCCUUUUUAAAAUCAAAGAAGAGUUCUAAUUAAUAGAAGAAUUGACUCCUUUAUAUCACUGCCAGGCUUCUGGUGUUGGGCCCGUUACCACAGCAAUAACAGGACAAAGGAUAUCAAAUAUUGUUAGUGUGGUUCUUUCGUAGAAUUUUCCCCUAUUUGGUCACAUAUUGUUAAAAUACGGCAAUUGACCUUGCUCUUUCAAGCAUUUGCCAAAUUGUGGGGUUUGUUCCUAGGAAAAAGGGAUUUAACAGCAAAGGGGAAAAAAAAGAAAAAAAACAUUUUUGCAGAUCAGAAUGUCAAAUUCAGAAAACCAUUUUUUUUCUCUAUACGUGUCUUUUGUGUUUGUUAAUAUUGUGCCAAGAAUGUAAAAAAAAAAAGCCUGCUUCAAAAAGGAUAUACUUGUUUUGUCAAGCUAAACAUGAUUUUUUAAAGGAAAGAAUCAUUUUUUACAUAUGUGUUUGCAAUUUGUAACCACUAACUUUGUAUGGAUUAAAUGUGCAAGUGGAAAAAAAUGUUUUAGACCAAAUCUUCGACAUGUACUGACAAAGACGUAAACUGGAUGCAUGUAAUUAAAUGUGGAAAGUGAAUUUUCAAGGGCUUUUGACUUUAAUGUAUUCUCCAGAUUUGCCCCAAACCAGUAUUUAUUUUGACCCCAUAUAAUAAGCUGGAGCAAUUUAUUUGUGGGCUUUGUUUGAAUUGAUAUUUUCAUGCAUUAAUUUAACUAAUCCUCAUAUAUAAGAUUGUACAAACUUGCCUUCCCAUCGAUUUUCACUCAAUCCAGUUUAGACCGGUAUAUGUGUUUUGAAAUAACAUAGGCUUUAUAAUAAAUUAGAAAUAUUUUAUCACAGACAUUGUGAUCAUGUGAAGUUUAACGCCAUAAUAUAAGCAGCAAGCUUUUUAACUCCCAGAGAUUAUUGUCUAAUCAUGGAAUUAUAAUGAUGUUUAAUUUAUUAUAUUUACGGGCUGCAAUCUUACAGCAGGGAACAUCUUGCAAUAUCCAUCUCAUCAGAGAGAGAGAGAGAGGGAGAGAAACUCUCCAGAUGAAAGUAUGUUCUUAUGUUAUUGCUUGAUAUAAUAUUAUGUGUACUUACUGAUUUUAUUGUAAUUAUAGUAAUUCAUAAUAAUAACCACAAUGUUCCCAUUGCAACAUAUUGAUGUAUAAAAUUUCUAAUAUUUACAAAUUCUUCCCUCUAUUUAAUGUCCAGUACAGUUCAUAAAAUAGACUUUAAUUUCUUUGUAGCUUGUUACUUCCAGCUCAGCCACUGAAGAUGCACAACCUAUUGUGCCUGCAAAACCUUUAACCAGUUCACACACAACCUGUAACAACCUCUUUCUCAGAAGGUACACAUAAGAUUGUAUUCUCCUCACACCUUUCCUGUGAUCUUCUAAAUAAACAUGGUGUCCAGUUGACCCUGUGAAUAACACUGUUCGUGAGCUGCAGUUGAUAACAUGAUGAUGUGUUUUUAUGCCUUUGAACUGUGUGAUUUCUAUCAGGCUCUCAUCCCAUCUUUAACAGGUUUAAUUUGAGGCUUCUAUUUUUAUCAUAUCCAAGUCCUGGAUGUGAUUAUAUUUUAGCUGAGUUUGGACAAUAAGCAAUUUUGCUUUUGUUCUCUCAAGCAGUGGUCUCUGAACCACAGCUGUCCCUAGUUGUGUAUCAGCUGUAAAUAUUAGCUUUGAAAUUGGAAGUAAUCUCUAGUAUGUAGUUCUCUGGGUGAUGUUUAAAUCAUAUUGCUUAGUUACCAUACCUUUAAUUAGACAAGGUGGGAGUUGUCUGUGUCUCCUGACCAGCCACUGUGUCCUGGAAUUGCCCCCUCCCAUUAAACUGGCACAAGAAUGGACAGUGAAAAAAUUGGCAUCAGGACACUACACCCUUGGUGGUAGUGCUUGUGACUGAACUGAAGAGCUGACUCUCCAGGACAGGAAUUGCAUUCAUAGAACAGUUUGGCAGAAGUACCCCUGCGUUGAAAAAUUGGAGUCUUCCUGUCUCCCUGACGGUGGGUGCAGCACUGCAAUUCCUUGCUGCAAGAUUGCAAGAUC